UUGUUGUUUCGCUCUUUGUCAUGUGUUUACGUAUUGUGUAUACAAACCCUCUUAUAUGUGGAUAGCACGAUCAUUCUUAUGAUAUAAUCGUCACACAAUUAAAGUUUUGUCAAUCUACAAAAGAAAAACACAAGCAAUGUUCUUAAAUCGAAUGUGGCGUACAUUUUAUAUAACGCCACACAACGCCAUCGCAAGAGGGUCAGCGCAGGUUGAAUGUAUUCGAACAAAAGCGACCAACAGACUCGCCGGCAAUGUGAUACGACAGAGCAAAAUUAUGGGAAAGUUAUACGGAAAUCGCUUGGCAGGCAGUAAGAAGCGUUGGUAUCCUUUGCCAAAUAUGAAUGUUAGCAGCAGUAGCGGUACUCAGCAACCGAACAUUGUAUUUCCUAGCUCUAAGUUUGGAUUGUCUUCCCCGCAUACCAACAAAAACAACGCUCGUCGUAUUUCCGUGCUGAACAAGUUGUUCAUGACAAACAUCACAGACCUACUGGCGACUGGAGCGGCAGCCCAAUCAAUUGUAGGACUAGGACUGCAUGUGACCCGUGUGAAGAUCUCAUGCGACUUCUCCCACAUAAAUGUAUAUUGGCUGGGACGCACGUGUUCACAAGAAGAUACUCUCGAAAUAGAGCUGAAGCGUUGCAGUAGCCACCUCCAGCAUGAGCUCACUCAACUGCGUCUUAUGGGUAAAAUGCCCCGGAUACAAUUUGUUCGCGACAAGCCGGCUACGAAUCAUUAUCAAAUGCAGGGUCUCUUCUCAGAUCUAAAUUUAAAUAAAAACUUAUCAACAGAAAAUGAAAUGAGGCAGAACGUUUUAGCAACAAACGUGCAAUGGCCCAAAAUGCGCCAAGAUGUUCUAGACCUAAACCAUAACCAUAUUGUUGACACGAUUGUAUGCAAAAUGCGUAAGCUUAAAGAAGCCUGGGUAGAUCAUCUACAAUAUUAAAGCGCAUCAAAUCCUUACUGUUGAUGUUUAGUUAUGUUAAAAUCCACUCAAAUGUGGAAUAUACAACACGAUUCAUCUUUCCAGACCCGAUCUAAGUCAUAAAUAUUUGAUACAAUUUCGGGGUCAAAAUAGUUUCGAAACUAAUGGUGUGCUCAAACUUAAUUGAUUCACUGUACAUCCAUUCGUCAGUAAUAUUCUGAUUUGAAUGGCAAAUGCUCAACAAAAAUACAUAUAAACUCUUCGCACGGGAAAAGAUCUAGUAACAAUAUGCAUACUAAAGAUGUACAUAUAUCGAACUCUGUAUAUCUAUCUCUCUCUGUAUCAAAGAUUAUAUACCUAAUAAUAUGUUAAAUUACAAACCAAAUUAAAUAAUCUGCAUAUGGGCAUUUCCAUUGCAUCAUGUUUAAGCCUCGUACUCAGAUUAACAAAAUCUUCCAUCGACCGAAUCAUUUAUGAUAUUCGUAUGGAAACGAUAAAAAUUGAAGGUGCUUAGAAGACGAGUACUCAGUUCGGGAAAAAGACAAGUCGAUGGAUACUGGAAAAGGUAAUCUCUUUCCGGAUUCGGUCGCCAAAAAGUUAAGCUGAUCCGAGUACUGUUCGCUAUCUGAGUACCAGACUUUAAAGUGAAAAAGUCAAAUGAAUUGAGAUUUGUAUUAAGACAAUUUAGUUGAACUUGUACUUCUUAAUUAGCCCUUCAAUUGGUGCUAAGGUUGAUUUUGUUCAAUUGUUUGUAAUCAAGAUAAUUCAAGAAAACCAAAGCAUUCGUACCGGAUAAACACUUAAAUGGUUUUUCGAGCAAUUUUCAAUGUGACUAAUUUUAGAACGUUUUGUAAUUUUAAUAAGUGCCUACGAAUACCGAAAAAAUGAGCUGUUUUGGCCAAAGCAAAAUCGCUGUAAUUUCUGUCUUGCUAAAAUAAAUAUAACAGCACAACUAUACAAUGAAUUUGUAUAAGAUCAACAAGCAAUCAUAACUCCGGAACCUCUAAUGUUCGACAGUUCCGCUGCGCUCGACUUAAAAAAAGUGCGCUCACCACCGGACGCUUCGGUUGUAACUGGGAUCGGCUGACGUUGCCGUAGUCACCUGGAUCUAGUGAAAUGCCAAUCUCCAUAGUGAACCCUAUUGUCGCACAUUUAUCUGGCCGUUCGAAAGAGAAAGUCAAGAGCCACCAGUGUAAUUCAAAAUUGUAAUGUUUUACCCAAUUUGGGUUUAUAUAUGAUUUGGAACAAAAAAGGUGCCAAAAAAGCUUGGCACCUCAAACAUUAAGUUUUAAUUACUUGAAUGGUCUUAUUCAUCAAAGUUAAUAAAGAUUUAUGUAAUAUUGUUGAAUUAGCUAAA